AUCCUGAAAAGCAACCUGAGCAGACGUCCCUCCUCGAGGCAGUUCCAGGGAUUUUCUCUCCCGAGCGCUUUGGAGCGGGCGAGCGAGAGAGAGCGCUUGGGUUUUGCUGCCUGCUCCUCCCACCAGAGACACCCUCCCGCCGCUCCCCGCCGGGCCGCGCCGCUCACACGGCUCCUCCGCGCCGUGCGGGACGCGGGCACAGCGCUCCGCUCCCGCUGCCGGGGGAAGCGCCUCGGGCCGCCGCCGCCGCCGCCGCCCCGUCCAUGGGCCGGUGCCGCUGAUCAGCCCCGGCCGCCGCCUCGGGCCAUGAGCGGGCUGCGGCGCCUCCGCGGGGGCUGAGCGGGGGCCGCUCCGUCCGUCCCCCCCUCCCCGCGCAUGCCGGUGGCGGGGCGCGUCCCGCGGCGGGGCAGCCCCGCGCCCCCCGCGCCGCCCCGCAGCCGCCGCCGCCGCGCCGCGAUGCCGGUGGCGGGGCGAGGGCAGCCCGCCUCCUGGCUGCUGGUGCUGGGCGCCGCCGCGCCCGCCCUCUGGCUGCGCUGCGUGCUCGCCGACUUCACGGUGGACAACGAGGUGCACUCCAGCUUCAUCCACCGGCGGCUGCGCGGCCCCGAGCGCCGCGAGAUGCAGCGGGAGAUCCUCUCCAUCCUCGGCCUGCCGCACCGCCCGCGGCCGCACCUCCACGGCAAGCACAACUCGGCCCCCAUGUUCAUGCUGGACCUCUACAAUGCCAUGUCCGUGGAGGAGGGGGCGGCGGGGGCCGCCGCCGAGGACGGCGAGGGCUUCUCUUACCCCUACAAGCCCAUCUUCAGCACCCAGGGGCCGCCUCUGGCCAGCCUGCAGGACAGCAACUUCCUCACCGAGGCUGACAUGGUCAUGAGCUUCGUCAACUUGGUGGAGCAUGACAGAGAGUUCCACCAUCAGCGCUGCCACUACCGAGAGUUCAGGUUUGAUCUCUCCCGAAUCCCGGAGGGGGAGGCGGUGACGGCGGCCGAGUUCAGGAUUUACAAGGAUUACAUCCGCGAGCGCUUCGACAACGAAACCUUCCAGAUCAGCGUCUACCAGGUGCUGCAGGAGCACCCAGGAAGGGACUCAGACUUGUUCCUGCUGGACUCCAGGACGAUCUGGGCUGCAGAGGAAGGGUGGCUGGUGUUCGACAUCACCGCGACCAGUAACCACUGGGUGGUGAAUCCCCAGCACAACCUUGGCCUGCAGCUCUCUGUGGAAGGCACUGAUGGACAAAGCAUCAACCCCAAGCUGGCAGGGCUCAUCGGGCGGCACGGCCCGCAGAACAAGCAGCCCUUCACCGUCGCCUUCUUCAAAGCCACCGAGGUCCACCUGCGCAGCAUCCGCUCCACGGGGGGCAAGCAGAGGAGCCAGAACCGAUCCAAAACACCAAAGAACCAGGAGGCUUUCCGGGUGUCCAACGUUGCAGAGAACAGCAGCAGUGACCAGCGACAGGCCUGCAAGAAACACGAGCUCUACGUCAGCUUCAGGGACCUGGGGUGGCAGGACUGGAUCAUCGCUCCGGAGGGCUACGCUGCCUAUUACUGUGAAGGAGAAUGUGCUUUCCCCUUGAAUUCCUACAUGAAUGCUACAAAUCAUGCCAUUGUACAGACACUGGUUCACUUUAUAAACCCAGAGACUGUGCCGAAACCCUGCUGUGCUCCUACACAACUCAAUGCCAUCUCAGUGCUCUACUUUGAUGACAGCUCCAAUGUCAUCCUAAAAAAAUACAGGAACAUGGUGGUACGAGCAUGUGGCUGCCACUAGAUUUGUAGGAAAGAGAAAGAAGAAAGAAGUUAUUUGUAAAGAGUGGGUUCGUGUGGCUUCUGUGGGGGAGGGGGAAAGGUUGGUGCUCCAGCCAUGGGUUUAAAAAAGUCCCAAACCAUUUUAGGACCAGACCUCUGAAAGUUCAGACAAUGGAAGAGUUUCUGGAUCUUAAGAGGCAUUUGAACACAUUUUGUUUGAGUUUAUUACAGACAAUGAGCUUGUAAACUGAAACAAGCCAGAGAAACUGUUUAAAACCAAAUCUGCUUACAAAAUUGGCUCCUACAGUACAUACUUUUGCAAAUGAGUCUUUCUGGAGAUUGCAAACUCACCAGUGUUGAUUGUGAGUAAAACAGUAAUAAUCUAUCCAAGGUGAGACUUGUGCUGUGACUAAUAAGUGUGUGUAGUUCCUGUAACACGGUUUGCAAUAAAAUAAGUGAACAAAAUAUACCUGGA